GUAAAAAUUCCUUUAUUCAAAAGGAAUCUUUGGCAGAUAGCAUCAAAGGUUUAAAACUCUGGAAGGAUGAAAAGAAAACCCCACUUUUACCCCGAUUUUCCCUACAGAUCAAUGCCUGUGUGAAAUUUGCCUGGGAAUUAUGAGCUAUUUACUGUAUUAUGCAGUGUUUUCUUUCACUGUUUCUAAAGGCUCCUGUGGUUCCUUUCACAUUCAAGAUUUAGGGAUAUUUUUGUACAUGAAAUGUAAAUGAGUGAAUGCAUUGGUGGAACGCAAGGGAAAAAUGCUGGUUUUAGACAGUUCUCCUCUCCCCUAUUUUAUCACAUGUUGGAGUAUUGGUUUUAUGGCAUCUAAAUUUAUGGGUACAUAUUUUUCUGCCAAAGCCCACUGACAUGUUCUGCAUGCUCCAUCAAGCUCUUUCUAUGUUUCUUCACUUGAUUCACUGCUCCACAGGAUAUGAAUCAGUCCUGAAGCAUAACCCUCAAUCUCUUCUUAACCAGAAUAAUGUAGUGUGUUUUCUAGUUAUUUAUUGUGUAUGUCAUCAUCUAAUUACACAAACGAAAGAGUGUACAGUCUCAGUAUUUGCUGUAAAACUCAUGUUGGCUAUUGAUCAGUGCAGGGCCUGAAGUUUCUCUGUUGCAUAUAAACAGCUUACACAGAUGCUAAAGCCUGUCUUCAACCAAGAACCCACUGCAGCAUGGAGCUGGGGUAUGGGCUAGAGGGGAAAUGGCCUGCUUGGACAAUUUCUUUUGCUCCUCAGUUACAGAAAGAGGCUUGAGGAGAUGGAAAGCUCUCUCUAUUAUUGUCUUCAGUUUUGGGCCACUCACUGCAAGAAAGAUAGCGAGUUGCUCAAUCACACACAGAAAAGAGAAAGCAAGACAUAUAUGUAAUAAUCAAGAGAAAUGGGGCUGUUCAGUCUGGAGAAAUGGAAGCUGAGGAGAGUCCUUAUUGCUCUCUCUAUCUAUUCAAAAGGAGCAAAGAGGGUUUUGGUCUAUUUUCUCAGUUGACCAUUGAUAGCACAUGGGGAAACAGUCUUAAGUUGUACCAGGGGAGGUAUAGACUGGACAUUAGGAAGAGUUUCUCACAGAGAUAGUAGGCAAGUUUUGGAACAGGCUGCUGAGGGAGAGAGUGGAAUCCCAAUCCCUAAAGGUAUUUGAGAAACGUAGUUGGAAGUUGGACCUGAUGAUCUUGAACGUCUUUUCCAAAUAUGAUUCUUUCUGUUGAUGCUUUUUGCAUCUCUUUGUGCAUUGAUUGAAAUUGAAUCCCUUAAAGCCUCUGUUUAUUUUCCACAGUGUGAAGUGAAGAAGUAAAGUCUCCCAGCUGAACUACUAUGAGGUCAGAAGCCUUGCUGCUAUAUUUCACACUGCUACACUUUGCUGGGGCUGGUUUCCCAGAAGAUUCUGAGCCGAUCAGUAUUUCGCAUGGCAACUAUACAAGACAGUAUCCGGUGUUUGUGGGUCACAAGCCGGGACGGAACACCACGCAGAGGCAUCGGCUGGACAUCCAGCUGGUCACGGUCAUGAACAGAACCCUCUACGUUGCUGCUAGGGACCAUAUUUAUACUGUUGAUAUGGACACAUCACAUACAGAAGAAAUUUAUUUUAGCAAAAAAUUGACAUGGAAAUCUAGACAAACUGAUGUAGACACAUGCAGAAUGAAGGGAAAACAUAAGGAUGAAUGCCAUAAUUUCAUUAAGGUUCUCCUAAAAAGAAACGAAGAUACACUGUUUAUCUGUGGAACAAAUGCAUUCAACCCUUCUUGCAGGAACUAUAAGGUGGAUACACUGGAGUUCCUGGGUGAUGAGUUCAGUGGAAUGGCCAGGUGCCCCUACGAUGCAAAGCAUGCCAACGUUGCGUUGUUCGCGGAGGGAAAGCUGUAUUCUGCUACAGUGACCGACUUCCUAGCAAUAGAUGCAGUCAUAUACCGGAGCCUUGGAGAAAGCCCAACUCUGCGGACAGUGAAACAUGACUCAAAGUGGUUGAAAGAACCAUACUUUGUCCAAGCAGUGGACUACGGCAAUUAUAUUUACUUCUUCUUCCGGGAAAUAGCAGUGGAGUACAACAGCAUGGGAAAGGUAGUUUUCCCAAGGGUGGCUCAGGUUUGCAAAAAUGAUAUGGGAGGAUCUCAGAGAGUGCUGGAAAAACAGUGGACUUCCUUCCUCAAGGCUCGUUUGAACUGCUCAGUUCCGGGUGAUUCACACUUCUACUUCAACAUACUGCAGGCAGUUACAGAUGUUAUCCAUUUCAAUGGCCGGGAUGUUGUUUUAGCAACCUUCUCCACUCCAUAUAACAGCAUCCCUGGCUCUGCAGUUUGUGCCUAUGACAUGCUUGACAUUGCCAGUGUAUUCACUGGGAGAUUCAAAGAACAAAAGUCUCCAGACUCCACAUGGACACCGGUUCCUGAUGAAAGAGUGCCCAAACCCAGACCAGGUUGUUGUGCUGGCUCUACAUCAUUAGAAAAAUACGCAACCUCUAGUGAGUUCCCAGAUGAUACUCUGAACUUCAUCAAAACACACCCACUGAUGGAUGAGGCUGUACCUUCCAUUGUCAAUCGACCCUGGUUCCUGAGAACAAUGGUUAGAUACCGUCUCACCAAAAUUGCUGUUGACUCUGCUGCUGGGCCAUAUAAGAACUACACUGUGGUUUUCUUGGGAUCAGAGAAGGGAAUCAUCCUGAAGUUCUUGGCACGGACAGGAAACAGCGGUUUCCUAAAUGACAGCCUUUUCCUGGAGGAGAUGAACAUCUACAAUCCUGAAAAGUGCAGUUACGAUGGCAUGGAAGACAAGCGUAUUGUGGCUAUGCAGCUUGACAAACCCAGCAGCGCCCUUUACGUUGCCUUCUCCACCUGUGUCAUCAAAGUUCCCCUGGGGCGGUGUGAGCGUCAUGGCAAAUGCAAAAAGGCCUGCAUAGCAUCCAGAGACCCCUACUGCGGCUGGGUGAAGGAGAGUGGGGCGUGCACACAGCUGGUCCUUGGUGCUAAGCUGGUGUUUGAGCAGGACAUAGAGCAUGGCAAUACAGAUGGCCUGGGGGACUGCCAAAAUUCCUUCGUAGCCCUGAAUGGACAUUCCAGUUCACUAGUUCCAAGCACCACCUCUUCCGACUCUUGGGCUCGACAGGGUUAUGAUGCUAGGGGACGCAUGCUGGAUUGGAAGGAUCCGCUUGGUUCAUCCGAAAAUACAGAUCCAUAUGUGGCAGUUUCAUCCCAUAAUCAUCAAGACAAGAAGGGAGUGAUUCGUGAGAGUUACCUGAAGGGUCAUGAUCAGCUGGUGCCGGUCACCCUGUUGGCCAUUGCAGUAAUUCUAGCUUUUGUAAUGGGGGCCGUCUUUUCGGGCAUCGUAGUGUACUGUAUCUGUGACCAUCGCCGCAGAGAUGUGGCUGUUGUGCAGAAAAAGGAGAAGGAACUGACCCACUCCCGCCGCGGCUCCAUGAGCAGUGUUACCAAGCUCAGUGGCCUCUUUGGAGAUGCUCAGUCCAAAGAACCAAAGCCUGAAGCUAUCCUCACACCUUUGAUGCACAAUGGCAAGCUGGCUACACCAGGUAGCACUACCAAGAUGCUAAUCAAGGCUGACCAGCAUCAUCUGGACCUGGCUGCCCUGCCAACCCCAGAGUCCACCCCAACCCUGCAGCAGAAAAGGAAGCCCAGCCGUGGCAGCAGAGAGUGGGAAAGAAACCAGAACCUCAUCAAUGCCUGCACAAAAGAUAUCCCCCCAAUGGCCUCACCCGUGAUCCCAACUGACCUGCCACUCAGGGCUUCUCCUAGCCACAUUCCUAGUGUUAUGGUUCUGCCUAUUGCCCAACAAGGCUACCAACAUGAGUAUGUUGACCAGCCAAAAAUAAGUGAUGGGGCUCAGAUGUCUGUGGAGGACCAGAAUGCCACUCUUGAGUACAAAACUAUCAAGGACCAUCUCAGUAGCAAAAGCCCCAGCCAUGGGGUUAACCUGGUGGAAAAUCUUGACAGCAUGCCGCCAAAGGUACCUCAGCGGGAAGCCUCACUCGGACCCCCGAGCACCUCCCUGUCUCAGAGUGGCCUGAGCAAGCGGCUAGAUAUGCAUUCUUCUGCUUACAGCGUGGACUACAAGAGAAACUACCCUACAAACUCACUUACAAGAAGUCACCAGGUGUCGACCCUCAAAAGAAACAACACCAACUCCUCUAACUCAUCACACCUCUCUCGAAAUCAGAGCUUUGGCAGGGGUGACAACCCACCGCCAGCUCCGCAGCGGGUGGACUCCAUACAAGUCCACGCUGCACAGGCACAGGCCAUGACUGUAUCACGACAGCCGAGUCUCACCACGUACAAUUCUCUGACCAGGUCAGGGUUGAAACGCACGCCCUCGCUAAAGCCAGAUGUACCUCCCAAACCUUCCUUUGCUCCGCUCUCCACAUCCAUGAAGCCCAAUGAUGCGUGUACAUAAUCACAGUGGGGUGGGUGGGGGGAGAACAGCAGUUAAGCAGAAGUUGCCCUUGAAAGCCAGUGUUCUGAAACUGCUCCUCUAAGAAGAUGGUUGUUGCAAGUGAGGACGUGUUGUUUCUGCUCUCUGGGAAAAGUGGAAUAUUUUUUUAACCCGAGCCAUAUGACCUAUGGUUGAAGGUUUGCAAUCGCAGGACUCGCCCCCACAGACCUUCAGUUCUUUGCUUAAAGGACUAGCUCUCCAUCACAAACAUUGAGCCAAAAGCACACAGGUGAAAGAUGACUGUGACAUUUCACCCCCCCCCCAAACUGCAAAGUGCAUUCCUGAACUGGGAAAGAGUGCUCUGGAAAGCAAAACCAGUAAUUAAAAACAUAAUUAAAAUAAAAAUAGAAAA